AAGCCCACAACUACAGCUAGGGUUUGGCUGAGUGGGGAAAUCCUGUCUCCGCGGGAGUAGAGAGCCCCACCCUCCGCCGCCGCCGGCUCUGAACUCGGAAGUGAUUUCUUGGCAUCGUCGUAUACUACGCAUGGGGAUGUUUGCGCUGAACCGCCUCAUGUCCUUGCAGCGCGACCGGCAGCGGCGUCGCUUGCAAAUCCGAGCCCGGUGUGGACUUAAUACAUCAAGGGGUAGAAGAAAGGGAUCACCCUGUCAACAAGGUGGCGAUGGAAAAUCUCAAGCUGCCAAAAUAAUGAGAAGUUCAAUCCCAGACCUUCCUGAGGAAAUAUUGUUUCUCAUACAUUGCUUGAUGCCAAUGCGUGAUGCUGCUCGUGCUGCUUGUGCAUCUCGUGCAUUUUUACAUUCCUGGAGAUUUCAUCCAAAUCUCAUCUUCAAUGAGGAUACGAUUGGCUUGAAGAUAAAUGGACGUGGAGAGAAUUUCCAUCACAAAGUUGGCCGCAUUCUUAGGAAGCACUCAGGGAUUGGCGUGAAAACGUUCAAUCUUGACUACAGUAACAUGUGCGGUUUUGAUGGUUCUCGUUAUUUUGACAGUUGGCUUCAGAUUGCUCUUAAACCAGGCAUUGAAAAACUUACCCUCUGGUUGCCCACAACAAAAAGAAUAUACAACUUCCCAUGCUCACUUUUAUCAGAUGGGGUUCGAAACUCACUUCAGUAUCUUCAACUUCAUAAUGUUGCCCUCCAUCCCACUGUUGAACUUGGCUCCUUGAGAAGUCUAACGAGUCUGCAUUUGAAUGAUGUGAGGAUUACAUGGGAUGAGUUAGAGUGCCUGCUUUGCAACUCUCUUGCUUUGGAACAACUGGUGCUGGAAUGCUGUGAGGAGAUUAUUUGCCUAAAGAUACCUUGUUCCCUACAGCGGUUCAGCAGCCUUAGGGUUAUUGGUUGCUAUAGACUUCGAGUGAUAGAAAGCAAAGCUCCAAAUCUCUCUAGUCUUAACCUUGCCGGACACAGGUUGAACUUUUCACAUGUGGAAACAUUGCAAGUGAAGAAACUAGCCAUGGAUCGUUCAAAUUUUAUCGGUGAUGCUCGUGGCAAGCUGCCAUCCAGUAUGCCGAAACUUGAAACUCUUGUCAUAAUUUCACAGAGUGAGGUGGUUGAUGCACCAACGCUGCCUACCAAGUUCCUCUACCUUAAGCACCUGACCAUCAAGUUGCUGUUAACACAUGUUUCGCGUCCAUAUGACUGCUACUCCCUGGUUUCUUUCCUUGACGCGUCUCCUUCCUUGGAGACUUUAGUAUUAGCUGUGUCUCAGCGACAUAUGUUGUAUCAAUCCGUUUUUGAGGAUUCACAACUGAGACAAAUUCCUGCACGCCACCAUGGCUGUCUCCGGAGCGUGAAGAUCUGUGGUUUCAGCUCUGCAAAGUGCUUGGUUGAACUAGCCUCUUAUAUUCUAAAUAAUGCGGUGUCACUUGAGUGUCUUACGUUGGACACCAUGUUUGGCUAUAGGUGUGGUGAAGGUAAGCAAAAAAAUUGUCAUAUCUUGGAAGCUGCUCUUUUCAAGGAAGCCCACAGAGCGCUCUUGGCUGUCAGAACAUACAUUGAGAAUAAAGUUCCAUCUACAGAUAAAUUAACUGUUCGGGAGCCUUGCAGGCAGUGCCAUGCUAGUGCAAUGUUUAUGUCUUAAGAGGAGGAAAAGGGCGGAUAUCAUCGGUCAUCAUGGCUAUUUCCAUUUAAUUUUAAUGUACAUUGAGAAUAAA